AUGGAUCAAAAUAUUGAAUUAAUUCAGCAAAUUUUAUCUCAACUUGAAGAAAAUUACAAAAAAUUCCAAAAACUCGAUGAAAAUUUGAGAAUUAGUCUCUACGAGCAGCUCAAAGCUUUCCCAAAUUGUGAUGAAAUUAUUGAAGAAUUCGAGAAGAUUUUCAGCUUGUCUUAUGAUGAAAAUGACAAAAAUUCCAAAGAACAAGGACAUGAGGAUGAAGUUUGCAGAAGUUGUGUCAAUACUGACCCUAAAAGCUCGACACAAACUCCAGAAACCCCCAAAAGCUCUCAAAAAGCCACGAAGCUCUCCCAAACGGCCCCAAAAUGCUCAACCGACCUCCCAAAAAGUUAUUCAGAAAAUCAAACUCGUUCCUCGGACACAGCAAAUCCAGUCAACUUUGAAUCAUCAACAACAACACAACGAUCAUCAAUGAAUGAAAAAGAAAGGAAUCAAAUGUGUGUCGAGCUAUUUGCAGAUUUUGGAAGCUUCUUUAACAGGUCAUUAUCUAAAGUUGGCUUCAAAUACUGCACAGAGACGGAAAUUGUUAGGACAGAGAAUCGACAGCCUUAA